AUGUCUCUUACAGCUUUAAGAGCAUCAGUUUCAUUCUUAACAUUAAACUCCCUACUCUAAAUAUAUGAGAAUCAACCUGUAGAAUUUUGGGAUUCAAAUUAAAUGAUGUCUCAUCCAAAAUUAACUCCCAUAUUCUAAUCAAAUCAAGUAAUUAUUAUUUCAAUUAACCUUAGUAUUUGAAUUUGUUAGCUGGCUUUGUCACUCUUACAUUAAUUGAUACAUCUAAUAAACUUUAAUUUGCAAAUUCAAUUGCAGUUGCCACAUCCGUUAUCAUCUAAAAUUUGAAGUAUUUAUUAUCAUCUAUAAUAUAAUAGUUUGUUUUUACCAAAGACUUUCAAUAUGAUAUCUAUUUACUUUUAAUUGAUCAUUCUCAUUUCCCAACUCUUUAUGUUGUUUUCCUCAUAUUAUGAAAAAUUGUAAUUCGAUAAAAUACCUUAACCUCGUUCUUCAUUUCAAUUUUAAGAAAGUGUUAAAGAAUAAAAAACAAUCAAAAAGUAAACAUAGAAGAAGUAAAUCUCUCAUAAAAAAAAAGAAAAAGUAUAACAAAAAUUAUUACAAUCAAAAUAAGAACCAUAAAUUGAAAAAAUUGAAUAAGCAGAUAAUACAGAAGUAGAAUCAAUAGAAAAUGAUUUUACAGAAUUUAUGAAGCAACCAUCAAAUGAUUAAACUAUAACAGAAAUAGAAACAGAAAAUUUAUAUGAAGUUAAUCAUGCUGACUUAUCCUAAAUUUCAUAAGUUAAAGAAGAUUCAAGUAUUCAUUAUAUAUAUAACCUUUUUAGAAUUGACAUUUUAACUUAAAUUCAAUGGCGAAUUCACUAAUUUAAAUUGUACUUUUGAAACAUUUGAUUCAACUAUGAACAUUUUAAAUUCAUCAUACACCUUAGAACAAAUUAAACAAAUUAAAAUACAUUUGUUAUUAAACCUUUAUGAUGAAAAUGAAGAUUGUUCUUGUAGACUUUGGUGUCUAAAGAAACUUUUAUCAUAUAAUUGA